AUGGAGAAUUGGCCAGGCGCCACCGUCGGGGUCGCAUACGCUCUGACGGGAGUGUCAUUCUUCAUUAUUAUCUCGAGAAACAUCCUUCGGCGCCUGAAACAUGAGGAUCAAUUACUCGACGAUUGGAUGAUAUUAGGGUCGACAGUUUUCUACGCUCUUUGCACAGCGACAAACCCAGUUGCCUAUUUCAACGGAACCAAUGCCAGAGUGGAGGAUGUUCGGGAAUUGCUACCGGGGGAAAUCCAACAUGCUACGCUCGGAUCCCUAUAUGUCUUCCUUGGCCGGCUGUUUUACACUACUUUCGUAUGGAUAUUGAAAGCCUGUAUGGCCAUUUCCUACAGUCGAGUAAUUACAGACAGUCACCUCGAACAGCUCCUUAUCCAAGGAACCUUUCCGCUGCUGGGAGUAACGUGGCUGGCUUGCAUAUUUACGAAUUUCUUAGGAUGCAAUCCAUUGGAACUCUAUUGGCAGGUGAUACCAAAUACACCGCAAUGCGCUCGAGGCUCGGCAAAUUCUUCCGUGUUCGGCUCCAUGCAUAUUUUCACGAAUGUGGUUCUUAUGGUUUUGCCGAUUCCAGCGAUACUUCGAGCCAACUUCCCGAUCCGGUCGCUCAUCCAUCUUUCUACCAUCUUCCUGGUCAACCUUUUUAUCAUCAUCGUGGCGAUCAUUAGAAUGGUCAUUGUCCAUAGAGGCAAUCCGCAAUGGCAAGCGCAGGAUUUGAUCUGGAGACAGGUUGAUUGUUUUCUCAUGACCGUAGUAGUCAAUAAACCUAUACUAUACCGAUUCUGGCGACAUGGCUUUAACCACAUGCGUAAGGGACAAUUUGGCGUAGACGCUUGUAGCACAGGCUACUGCCCGCCAGUUGAGAAUCAGGAGCCACGUGCCGAUUCUGGUCGUAGCACUGAUCGUGGGACGAUGAGUUCUCUCGGAGGCAAGAUUCGAUCUUCAGCACAAAAUCUGACCAACAAGGCUCGCAGAAGCGUGGGUCUGCAAGUAGAGCAAAUUCAAUGUACGGUCGAGUUGUUACAGACAUCGAAAACCGGAAACCUCGAAGCGGAGGAGGAUGCAGAACUCUUUGGGCAAUCUGACGAUGCUAUGUUUGGGGGAAAGUCGGGACCGAUAGCGAAAAUCAGCACGAAGAUAUCGAGAGCUGAGGACCAUCUCGCCGAUGUUCCCAGAACUCAGAAGGCAGCCAAGAAAUUGCUGGCUCUGAGAAACCACACUGAUGAUGAACCAUCCGCAUUGGAAAACAGUGUUGCCGACAUUGCAAGGUCUCAAAAAGCUGCCAAGAAAUUUCUCGCGUCGCAUAACAGAACUGAUGAGAGUACACCUGCUUUGGAAACCAGUGUUACGGAUGUUGCAAGAACUCAGAAGGCGGGCAAAAAGAUCACUGCUCUGAAAAAUAAAAAGGACAACCAGGAGGCAUCUGCGGAAGAUACAGCCGAAUGA